AUGUCUGAUGAUGGACUUUCGGAUCUCCUAGGUGAUGACCCAGAGGAGCAAUAUCACCCACCUGACAAAAUUAAGUCAGUCGAGGCAAUGAAGUUAGAGAUUACAAUGUGAGAAUUAUUAACCAAAAGCAAACAAUUAGACCCAGAAGAAGCGAAGCUGAAAAUUCAGACUUUGGAGCCACUGAUUGAAGUUGCUACGCAAGCUCUUAAACAAAAUAAGCUAGAAUAUGUAGACAACUUAAAAAUGGCCUGGAAAGAUCAUCAGGAAUGGCACAAAGCCUGAUCUGAGGACCAGAGCCUCGGGGAUGCUAAAUAAGAGCCAUCUUACUAGAAUCACUAAGCGGAUCGACAAGAUAAAGACAGAGCUUAAGACUUUCGGAGUUGAAGUUGAUGAUCUUUCGAGUAUUAAUGGAAGUAACCUUCUUGAUGAGAUUGAUACUGAAGAUAACAUUGGGGAAUAUCUCCAACCAAUUGAACCACAGUCUGAUGAUAAAGCCUCAGGUGAGGACCAGACUCAGGCGAGGCCUAAUAGAGAAGCACCUAAUUCCACACAAAGAAGAGCUACUUCUCAAAGAAGGCCUUCGUCGGUGUUGAUAAAUUAUGCCGAGCAAGAUCCUAAAAAGCUGAUGGAGGAUCGUCUCAAGGAAUAUCUGAAUGCGAUUGAAUAUUUGAGAAAGAACACUCUCUCUUCUGACCAAAGUGCGAUAUUGGCCAUCCUGGAGAGAGCUGAGAAGGUCAAGCAGCUUCAGGAAAAAGAUAAUAUGAAUGUUUUUGAGAUCCCUAAUCCUGUCACUCCAGACGAUCUAAUGGGCAUGAGCAUUCAGCAGAGAAUCAGAAAGUACCAAGUGAUUAUCAAUGUGGUCACAAAGACGAUACAAGCUCUUGAAGCUAUAGGAAAGAAGAACUUAAGAAUAAUGGAAGAGAAGAAAAGCACUUUCCCUAUUCCAGAAUGAAGAAACUCUGAAGAGAAGUUAGUUAAAGUAAAGCUCAAAAUCCCUGCAGAUUUCCAAAAUAUCAAUAAAUUUUACUACAAAUUCAAAUGGAUGGACGGCAAACAGAACCUGAAAAGGAUCAAAGCCAAGAAUAAAGGUGACAUAGCUGAAGCUGAAUAUUUGAUCGACAUAGGACAUCACAAGAACUUCGCUACAUUGAAAUGAGUUAUUAAAAUUAAGCAUCGACAGCUAUGCUUUGCAGAUAAAACUGUUCAUAAGUGGGAGGAAAAACUUUUCCCUUUGAGAAAUAAUGUAGAAAUGAAGAAAGCAUUUAAUUUUCAGAACCUUCGCUUCUUUGUGACAAUCUCUUCAGAUCUAAAAAUAGAAGAGGGUUCAAAUCAAGUUGAAAUGAUAAGUAUUUCCUAUACUCCACCUCCAUUCAAAGCACUACCGAGAAGACCUGUAGAAGAAUCAAAGAGAUCUUCUGAAGAAGCAAAAACAAAGCCUCGACAAAGAGGGAGAAACACCAAGCCAAAGCCCAAGCCCAAGAAAAGUGGCAUCCUGGUUCCUGAAGGGCUUCAAGCUGAUGAAAUAGAGAAUCCUGAUAUCAUCAAAAACCUAUGGAGUUGAUAUUACUGCAAAGUAAUGUGAGAAAAGCUCAAGAAAGCUCUAUCUGAAGCUAAAAGCGGAGCUAAUUUAGCCAUGAAAAAUACUUCAAUGAAGCUCAUCUAUUUCCAAAGCCAUUUAGACAACAUGCAAAAUGCCAUUAUGGAAGGCCAGGUUACUGAAGAACAGUACUUGGGAUUUCUGAGAAAAGGUAUUGCCCAUGACAAGAUCCUUUUGAAAUAUUUCCAAGACUCUUCUGCAACGGGAAAGGCUGACUUGGUAAAGCUCCGAAUCGAAUGCGCCCAAAAAGAACUCAACGGAGAAAUCCAAGGUGAUCAAGAGAGUGAUGAGGAAGAUGGGAGUCAAGAUGACACUGAUUUGAACCAUGAAUAA